UCAAGAGUUACUGUUUGUUCUUGGUAUAGUAACAAUCAAUCGUCAGCGCUGGUUUCAUAAAUAUAUGGAAAUCAAAUAGGUUCAAAAUGGUACUGGCUUAAAACUUGUCUCUGACUUCUUUAUAAAUAUUUAUUUGCUUAAUUUUGAGGCAAGCAUUUUCCUUCCCAAAAGUGUCCCGGCAACUGAAAAGUCAUGGAUAUGAAUCUUUUGGGAAAAUACAUUAUUACAGCAAAAUUUUAAUUUGCCAAUAUUUUUUACCCAAACCAAGCUAUAAUCCUCAACAAAGAUUAAGUAGGAUUCAUGUGGCAACGUUGAGGUGAAAUUCUGUGGUUUGUCUUUUGCAGGAGCUCAAGCAAGUUUAUCAAUGAUCUCUGCUGGUCUAAAAAAAAUACACGACUGCCAACCACGUGAAUCCCAGCUGAAGGUGUAACAUGGCGGAACAGCAUGGUUCUGCUCAGAGAUGAGAGAAACCCAUGUUUGAGUUGAAGAGUUAUAUAAUGUUUUGAUUCUAGGAAUGGAGAACUUCAAGGAGGAAAUUCCCUCAGAUCAAAUUGAUCUUUGAAGUAACAUGAAGACUUUGGCUGAAAAAAAAAAAGGGAAAGAAAAUUUAACCUUUCUCACUGUUCAUUUAGCACCACAAGAUGUGCGUUGCCCCCAUUAAGCUGCAGCUACUCCUGUUGGGGAUAAUGUGUGUUGCAGAGUGUCAUGCUCUACCAUCUGCUCUUCAGAAAGAUCCUAAGUGUGGGCAGGAAGUUCAAGAAACAAAACUGUGGAGUUACUUUAACUUUUUCACUCGGAUUGUUGGGGGAAAUGAGGUGAAACAAGGCUCACAUCCAUGGCAGGUUUCCUUGAAACGAAGGCAGAAGCAUUUCUGUGGAGGCACCAUUGUUUCUGCUCAGUGGGUGAUCACGGCAGCUCACUGCGUCUUAGACAGGAACCUACUCCAGAACUUGAAUGUCACUGCAGGAGAGCAAGAUUUGAGGAUCAAGGAGAGUGGCGAGCAGACCCUCCCUGUUAAAUAUGUCAUUAAGCAUCCAAACUUUGACCCCAGAAGGCCAAUGAACUAUGACAUUGCCCUUCUAAAGCUGGAUGGAGCCUUCAACUUCACAGGUUCAUCAGUCUUGCCAGCAUGUCUUCCUGAUCCAGGUGAAAAGUUUGAAGCAGGAUUUAUCUGCACUGCUUCUGGUUGGGGCCGUCUAAAUGAGAAUGGAGUACUCCCUCAGGUCUUGUAUGAAGUCCAUUUACCAAUUCUGAACAGUAAGGAGUGUUCAAGAGCAUUAUCAACUUUAAAGAAACCGAUCCAAGGUGACACUAUCAUGUGUGCUGGAUUUCCAGAUGGAGGAAAAGAUGCCUGCCAGGGAGACUCAGGAGGCCCCCUUUUGUGCCGACGUAAGCAUGGUGCCUGGACUCUUGCUGGUGUGAUCUCCUGGGGGAUGGGAUGUGCUCGUGGCUGGAUAAAUAAUGAGAAGAAGAAGCAUUACGAUAGAGGAUCUCCAGGAAUAUUUACAGACCUCAGCGCAGUGCUUUCCUGGAUUCAAGAGAACAUGAGUGCAGAUCUGAAAAUGAAAAGCCCCACAGCAUUUUGUAGCAUUCAGGAUGGGAAGCUCCCUGGCAGUGAAGGAGAAUUACAUUUUCCUGGAAGUCCCAAAGAGUUUUAUCAAAACCACCAAUUGUGUGUAUGGACUCUGUUUGUACCAGAAGGAUAUUAUGUAUUGCUUCGUUUCUCCCGCUUUGAUAUAGAGCCAGACCCAUUUUGUGACUAUGAUUCUUUAUCAGUCUAUUCAAAAGACGACAGACUUGUUGGAAAAUUCUGUGGAGGAGAUCUUCCAUUACCUAUUUUGAUUGGCUCCAAUAGUUUAAGACUGAAAUUUGUUUCUGACAGCAAAGAUUAUGGAACUGGUUUUUCUAUGACCUACAAAGCUCUUACACCAGAUAUCGUUCCCAAUUCUGGCUGUGAGUCCAUAGCUGUCUUUUUUGAAGAAAGGGUGUUACAAAGCAUGCACUACCCGGAGCCCUACAGCAACGUGGCAGACUGUCAAUGGAUUUUUUUUGCACCAGCGAAUCAUGUAAUCAAGCUUACAUACCAGUCAUUUGAAGUAGAAGAUAGUGAAGAUUGCUCUCAUGAUGCUGUGACUGUGUAUGAAGAUGUGGGAAAAGAGGAGGAAAUUGCCAAGUCUUGUGGAUUUGAACUACCAGCACCUGUUCUAAGCUCCUCUGCUGUGAUGUUGGUUGUCUUCCACUCUGAUGAAACAGAGACCUUUGGAGGAUUCAGAGCUACAAUCUCUUUUGUUCAUGUGACAGAUUUAGAUACUUUGGAUUCAACUAGUGAAGCAGAAUUUGAAGAUAUGGAUAUGAGUGAAGAAGCAGCACAGGUUACAACAGAUUAUAGUUGUGGAAUGCCUUCAAAUCAGCCCAGGUUCAUCUUCAGCAGGAUAAUUGGAGGUGAAGAAGCUAUACCAUACUCAUGGCCUUGGCAGGUCAGUGUACAAAUUUCAGAUGAGCAUAUCUGUGGAGGAGCAAUUCUUGCCAAAGAAUGGGUUGUCACAGCUGCUCACUGUUUUCAUUCUAAGGAACUAUAUAGAGACUUAUGGACGGUGGUAACAGGACUUCAUGAUCUUACAGAGAAAGAAUACAGACAGAAAAGGUCAAUAAAGCAGUAUAUUAUACAUCCAAGUUUUAACAAGACCACUAUGAACUCUGAUAUCGCCUUACUGCAACUGUCGGAGCCCUUAGAAUUCAACGACUACGUGCGCCCAGUGUGCCUCCCCACCAAGGAGGAGGUGGUUCAGCCCUCGAGGGUGUGUGUUGUCACAGGAUGGGGUGCACAGGAGGAAGACAGAGAAAAGGGGAAAAAAUUGUAUCAGCUGGAAGUCCCCAUCCUGAUGCUUGACAUGUGUCAGAGCUAUUACAUAAAUCUUCCCACUAAAGUGACCCAGAGGAUGAUCUGUGCUGGAUUCCCUCUGGAAGAAGGCAAGGACUCAUGCACAGGUGAUUCGGGUGGCCCAUUAGUUUGUCCUUCAGAAGAUAACUCAGGAUUUUACACCCUUCAUGGAAUCACCAGCUGGGGCCUGGGCUGUGGAAGGAAGAGCUACCCAGGAGUGUACACAAAUGUCAGUGCUUUUGUUGACUGGAUCAAGCAGAGUGUUAACAGUAGUGAUCUCCCUGUUUUCAUGGUGUGACAUCAAAAGAGCAGUUCUGAUGGGGAACAUUGGAAAACACUUCCAAACCACAAAUGUCACUGAAAGCAAAAUUUAGAAAGAGUGUGUUAGUUCACGAUUGAUGAACAGAUUCCAAA